AUAAAGUUUUUCUCUCUUCAGUGUAAUCUUUUGCCUUGUUAGUCAUCAAAUUUUUGUGUUCCAUUUUCAAGUUCAAAUUGUUUUGAGGUUCUCGGAAACGUGAGCAAUAAUUCAAGUGCAUAUUGAAUUUAUUUUACAUUUUUUUCAAUCUUCUACAGUAAUUUUUGUGAGAUCAAAGAGGGCGUCUUUUGGUGCGGCUGUGCUUGAUAAGAUUAUUCUUUUAAUUUUAUGAGUACCGAUAAACCUAUCUGCUAAUCUGGAAAUGUUUUUGUUUUGAGCGUAAACAAUGAGUUUACGAAAUGCUACCUGUAAUCUUUUCAUUGUUAAAAGACUCACACAUAAAUAGUGAAGUCUAUCCGAUGUAAAUUUCAAUGUCGGUUUAUUUUUUUGUAAUAAACAAGUGUUUGACAGCAAUAUUCAACAUUGUGUUAAGAGUGGAUAACGUCUUCAAAGUUGAUUUCAAUCAAAGUGAUAAAAAUGGCAAAAAUUACUUCCAAAGAGGUUUGGGAACUUGCUAAACUUUUGAGAAUCGAUGUUUUCUUCUUUUUGGCAACUUUAAGUACUUCAUUACCUGGAAUCGCUCUCAACCAACUGAUGCAGGAUAAAUAUUGUAUAAACGCGUAUUCGCAAAAUGAAAGUGUCUGUUUGGAUUUGGAAAAGGCUGGACCUGAAUUGGAUGCAGUUAAGAAUGGUGUAUUGAAAGAUACGACAACACUUAAAAUGCAUAUUACUCUAAUGACAACAAUACCAGCGAUUAUUUUAUCACUCAUUUUGGGUUAUUGGAUGGAUAAAUAUCCUGGUCAUCUAAGGUAUCUUCUUGGUUCAGCAUCUUUAGCAAACAUUUGUCAGCACAUCAUGAUUAUACAUCAAUGUUUACAUUUUGAAAUGGGCGCUGACUCGUUAUUAUGGACGCAUUUGGUUCCAGUGUUCACUGGGAGCGGGAUAAUUAUCUCAAUAGGAACCUUUACUUAUGCAACAAGAAAGACACCAGCCAAGUUUCGAGCUGUUAGGUUUACAAUAAUCGAAAUUUGCUUAUUUGCAACCAUGCCUGUUGCAAGCCUUUUAGGAGGAGGUUUACUCGCAUCUAAACCAUGGUUUCCAAACCAGCUUCGUAACUACAUUGGAGUUUAUAUCAUUUCAUCGGUAUUAGCGAUUAUUGCGGCUGUUUGGGUUAUGUUGAUGCUAUAUGACGCUGCUGACGAUGAGGUUAAAACAGAUGAAUCUCAACCCAAUGUUGAUGCUCCAAGUUCCAAAAAUAUUGAAACCAAGAAGAAAACAGUGAAACAAAUAAUUUAUGAUAUAAUAAAACCAGAAAAUAUCCUUCAUGCAAGUCGCACAGUUUUCAAAAAGAGACCAAAUAAUGCUCAUUGGUAUUUGCUAUCAACAAUACUGACUGGAAUUAUAGCAAACAUUUGUUAUUUGGGUGAACAAAACAUAGGAUUCCAGUUUAGCCAAAAAGUAUAUCAUUGGAGUGCUGAACAAAUCGGAAAUUACGGCUCCAUUGUCAUUAUUUUCCCUGCUUUGGGCGCACUUAUUGGUCCUCCACUGUUCAUUCAUAAAAUGAACCUUCAUGAUACUUCAUUGGCCAUGAUUGGUAUUGUUUCAAUAAUGGUGGCUUUCCUCGCCAAAGGUUUUAUUCUUAGUCCGAUAGCCUACUUCUUCGUCAUAUUUGGUUCUUUUGCUGGUGUCAUAUUUGUUGCUGAUCGAUCAAUCAUUUCACGUUUGAUUCAUAAAGACGAGAUUGGACAAGUUUACGCCUUUUCAUCAGCUAUUGGUGGAUUCGCUCCAACAAUUUCAUCAGUGUUUUACAGCGAAGUAUUUACAGCAACAUUAGACUACAAUCCUGGUAUUGUUUACAUAAUUACUGGUUUCUUAUUCACCAUUCCUUUAGCUAACGCUAUUUUGCUCAACAUAAAGAAGCAGAAAUGGGAUUUAGUUUUGAUUGCUGAAAAGGAAAAGGAAACUCAAGAAAACAAAGUGGAACUUACAUCUAAAAAAUAACGAAAUCAAUUUACUGGACACUUUCCUUACAUUGUUAAUAACAUAAUUUCAAUGCAAAUUAGAUUCUCACUUUUAUCUUUACAAAGUCUUCAUUUAAAACAGAUCUAAUCACUCAUACCUUGCAAAUAAUUCAACCAAUUUUUACGAUGCUUCAAUUAUACAUAAAAAAGAUUAAUGAACCCUUUUAGUCAAUUUUUGUAACAUGAAUUAAUAUAACAUUUUACAUUGUGAUAUAUCAAUAACUUAAUAAAGUUUAAAAAUCAUGUUCAUGAAUCUCCAA